ACAGAAUAUCGUGACUGAAGAAUGGGAAGAAAUAUGGGAUAAUUUAAUUGUAGCUUUAGAUAAAUAUCGAAAAAUAUUGAAACAUCGAGCUAAAUUAAUACAAGAUACAGAUGGUUUAAGAAAACAAAAUGCUGAAUUACGACAUUUAUUACAACAAUAUAUGAAUUCGAAA